AUGAACCUCGGGGCUGCUCUGCAGCGCAGCGCCAGCGGCCGAGAGCUAGCCAACGGCCCAGGGCCAGACCAGCCCAUCGAGAUAUUUCCCGGGCUCACACACUUUACCGACGCAAUUUCUGCGCUGCCCAAGGAGCUCGUCCGCCACUUUACUCUACUCAAGGAGGUCGACGCCAAAAUCUCGACACCCGAGGACCAGCUCCGCGACCUCAUCACCGCGUGCCUCGGCUCCCCCUACCCCAGCCAAAACUCGGCGGGGAGCGGGAUCCUCCUCAACAAUGCCCUACGCCCAGUUCCCGUGAGCGACGAUGCAUACCACGCUGCCGUUUUCGGCCAAGGAAAUAUGCCACGAAGGCAGCUAUUUCACGAGACUGCGUCCCACAUCAACAACAUGCUCAUCGCCCUCGAUGAAAAGAACCACGUCAUAAACACGGCCAACGAGAAUGAGCGCACAAACCGCCGGGACGGCCCAUCCGCCGCUGCCCAGCAGGCCGCGGAAGAGGCCGCCGCGCGGAGCGAAUCCCGCAAGCAAGCGGUGCAGGCCAAGAAAAACCAGCGAAACCAGUGCCGCCAAUGGCACGAACCCCCGCCAAAGCGUCGCAAGGUUGAGAAGCCGGUCAACGGAGGGCUCCCGAUGGAGCGUGCGAUGAGCACCGUCUUUGGCAGCAACGGGUCCAAGCCGGCCAAAUCAACAAGUCCCCGAACCACGCCGGCGCCCGAGAGUCAGAAGAAACGCAAGGCGCUACCGACUGGUCCUCCUCAAGCUAAGAAAAGUAAAAAUGGCUCGAACGCGCCCCCUCAGCUACUGCGUCGCCUACCCGGCUCUUCCCGCGCGAGGCAGACGCCCGCGCAAAGCGCGACAGAAGUCCCCACCACUGUUCUCCCUGCUCCUGCAAUUAGCAACGGAAAUAACAAGGCUAGACCAUCCUCCUCAGCGUCAAACAAGCCCAAUGGCACCGCUGCCAGUGCCCCUGAUACCUCUGCCCCUUCAAUCAACUGGGUGAAGCCCGCGCCGGAGACGAAGCCUACAAAGGAGGUUAGCGAGCCGCCGAAGCCCGAGGACGCACCCGCCCCUGCGGUACAGGAGCCCGAGCCAGUCGUGGAAAAGGUCGCGCCGCCAGUAGCAACAAAGAAGGAUACCCCCAAGCCCGAAGAGCCGGAGAAGAAGCCCGAACCCGCUCCGCCAAUACCAGCCCCUGUAGCCGUUCCUGUCCCCUCCCCAAUUCCCGUGACCAUGCCCACGGUAACGACGAAGAGCGGGCGGGCGAGCAAGCCGUCGACCCCGGCGCUGGCAACGUUCCAAGAAGCGGCGAGGUCGAGGUCGUCCCGCGCCGAGUCCAGCUCAAAGCGCAGCCACAAGAAGGCGACGGUGCAGAACAAUGGUAAUGGCGCGGGCCACCACGCAUCCGGCGAAAGCGCCAAUAAGAGCCCCAAGGGUGAUGAUGACGAAGAGGGAGAGGUCGACGCAGACGAACCGACGUAUUGCUACUGCAAUAGUGUCAGCUAUGGCUCAAUGGUCGCCUGUGAUGCGGAAGGUUGCGAGAAGGAAUGGUUCCACCUCGAGUGCGCAGGACUCAAGGUGCCACCAAAGCAAAACGUAAAAUGGUAUUGUGAAGAUUGCAAGGAACCGGCCGGCAUUGUAUGA